GCCCGCCCCCCGAGGGCUGGGCGGUGUCCCCAUUGGCUCGCCCAGGGAAAUACACCCGGUGGAGCUUGCAGUUCUGGGCUGCGCAGGGGGGGCGGAAGAAGUUUCAGGGAUGCAACGGGCGGCGGGCGCUGUCGUGGGAGGAGUGCUGGCGGUGGCCGCUGUGCCCGCGGUGCUGGGCGCCGUGGGCUUCACCGGGGCCGGAAUCGCCGCUUCCUCGCUAGCGGCCAAGAUGAUGUCCGCCGCCGCCGUCGCCAAUGGGGGUGGUGUGGCCGCCGGCAGCCUGGUGGCGACGCUGCAGUCCGUGGGGGCAGCUGGACUCUCCACGUCGUCCAACAUCCUCCUGGGCUCUGUGGGGUCAGCUUUUGGAGCCUGGCUUGCAGGUUCAAAAAAGGGACCUUCUUCCUCUCCCCCAGCAGAAGAAGAGAAAGAGGCUAAAGAGAAAGAGCCAAAAGAAAAUUAAUCCCAAGCUGAACUUCCCAAACCCCCCAUCGGGUCAGAGAAGCAGGAGAAAUAAAGAUCAUAUGCAGACACA